AUGGAUUUGAAACUUGCUCAAGAAACUGUAGUCAUGGCAACACCACUUGUUUAUACACUUGUUUCACUGCCUUUCAUAUUUCAUUUCUCCUUAACCACUGCCACCAUCACAACCUCAACUAUUAACCUAGUGAUUAAGCUCAUACACCAUGAAUCAUCAUUAUCUCCCUACAAUUCAAAAGACACCAUUUGGGAUCAUUACUCUCAUAAAAUUCUGAAGCAAACUUUUAGUAAUGAUUAUAUCUCCAAUCUUGUUCCUAGCCCCAGAUAUGUUGUGUUCUUGAUGAAUUUCUCCAUAGGUGAACCACCUAUUCCACAACUUGCUGUCAUGGACACUGGCAGCAGCCUUACAUGGGUUAUGUGUCAUCCUUGUUCAUCUUGUUCACAGCAAUCUGUUCCAAUAUUUGACCCUUCAAAAUCUUCCACAUAUUCUAACUUGUCAUGCAGUGAAUGUAACAAAUGUGAUGUGGUGAAUGGUGAGUGUCCAUACAGUGUUGAAUAUGUUGGGAGUGGCUCAUCACAAGGGAUCUAUGCUAGGGAACAAUUAACACUAGAGACCAUAGAUGAAAGCAUAAUCAAAGUUCCUAGUUUGAUAUUUGGAUGUGGUCGUAAGUUUAGUAUAUCAUCCAAUGGAUACCCCUACCAAGGAAUCAAUGGGGUGUUUGGACUUGGUAGUGGAAGGUUUUCUUUGCUACCUAGCUUUGGUAAGAAAUUUUCAUAUUGUAUUGGUAACUUAAGAAAUACUAAUUAUAAGUUUAACAGAUUAGUCUUGGGGGACAAAGCAAAUAUGCAAGGUGACUCAACUACUUUGAAUGUGAUCAAUGGUUUGUAUUAUGUUAAUCUAGAAGCUAUAAGUAUAGGAGGGAGAAAGCUUGAUAUUGAUCCAACAUUGUUUGAAAGAUCAAUAACAGAUAAUAACAGUGGAGUGAUAAUUGACUCUGGAGCCGACCACACAUGGCUUACAAAAUAUGGAUUUGAAGUGCUAAGCUUUGAAGUUGAGAAUCUUCUUGAAGGGGUUUUGGUUUUGGCCCAACAAGAUAAGCACAAUCCUUAUACUUUGUGCUAUAGUGGUGUGGUAAGCCAGGACCUAAGUGGCUUUCCGUUGGUGACAUUUCAUUUUGCUGAGGGUGCUGUUUUGGACUUGGAUGUAACAAGUAUGUUUAUUCAGACCACAGAGAAUGAAUUUUGCAUGGCUAUGCUUCCAGGGAACUAUUUUGGAGAUGACUAUGAAAGCUUUUCUUCUAUUGGAAUGUUGGCUCAACAGAAUUAUAAUGUUGGCUAUGACUUAAAUAGGAUGCGUGUGUACUUUCAGAGGAUUGACUGUGAACUUCUUGAUGGGUGA